AAUCAAAUAUUUCCGACACCAAGCGGUAGUGCUUGCAGUGUAAUGUACUGUAUUUAAAAAUUGUUCUGCUUGAUUUUCAGGCGAGAAAUGUGUUCUUCGUUUGCUAACAGAAGUCCUCCUGUUCUUCCAGUGGACUUUGAAUUAUUAUGUGGAGCAGAACAGGGGUCUGGCCAGUCGUCAUGUGGCCCAGGCUCAGCUGAUGCAGUCCUGUCUGGCAGUGGUGAAGGCCUCAAUGCUGGUGUUUCAGAGAUCUCAGGAACCCGUACUGCAGUGCUUUCAGCUUCAAAUGAUCAGUCUGAUCUACGUCAGGCUCUCAGUGGACUACUCAACUGCUAUACAUGUAUCUUGACUGAUGAGGAGUUUGUUCAGACGGUCCAGAGCACUGCUGGGAUGGCUGUUGUUUUGCUCAUUAGAUCUAUUAUGGGGAACGGAGAUGAUGUACCUGUUGAGGGUCUCCUGCAGUGUUCGGUGGAUGCAGGCAGCAUCGCCACCCAAUGGCUGAGACAGAGCUGCGCAGGUCUGUAUGAGAGCAGCAGGCCUGCAGCUGUGGCUCUGUAUCUAAGUCAAGGAGCUCUGGCUAUGCUCAGUUGGAGAGGAAGAACUCUCGGUCCACAGGCUGAGAAACUGCUGCUGCUCAUACCUGAAGUGCUCCUGUCUCUAGAUACAAGAGUGAAGGAGUCCAGUACGGUGAUGGUAGUGGCUCGAGUUUUGACACUUUGGAGUGGAGCUGCGGUUGACUGCGUCCAGGUGGACAUGUAUCCCCCUCUUCUUCGCUUGUCUCUGGUUGGAGGCUCUCCUCUAAUCGCACGCCUUCACCACCACAUUUAUGCCCACUGGGAGCACCCGCUAGAUGGAGUUCGCCACCAGACGCGCUCCAUGUUCCAGAGCCUCCUCACGCUCCACCAGCACUGCAGCGACCACAAGUCCGAUCCCACCAGCGACCCUUACAUCACCCAGCUCUCCCGGGACCUUCUAGCACUGGAGUGGCAUAUGAAAUGGAAGUACGGCACACUGGCCUGCAUGGUGGAGCACUUAGGAGCAGAGUAUCUACUCAAGCUUGAUGGUGGACUGCCAUCCAGACUGCUGGGUCUGAUGGGGGAUCAGACGAUGGCACCAUACGCCAGCGACCUUCUGGAGAAGUUGUUUGUCAGCCAUAAAGCCCAGUUAUGUGCCCGGUUUAGGGAUGGGGAUGUCUGGAUAGAUGGGUGGCAUGAAGUUUGGGUGAGGCCUCUGCUGCAAGUACUGUGCACAGCUCGAUUGGAUCAAACAACUUAUAUACUUGACUACUUCCUGCCCAAACUGCUACGCUGGAACCCCUCCAGCCUUAGCCACAUGGUACAGGCCCUGCAGGAGAUGCCGACUUGCACAGAGGCUGGCAGCAGAGGUGCGUUGGGGGCUCUGAUGACGUGUCUGCGUGCCGCCCGGUCUCAGGGUGUUCUCAAGUCUGUGGAGGAAGAAUUGUGGGGUGGCCUGGUGCCGCUCCCACUAAAGCGACAAGCUCUGGUGCACAAACAUGAUCAGGUGAGAAUGGAUGCUCUGGGUUUGGUAUGUGAGAGCCAUCGCAGCACGGAAACUCUGUCCAGACAGGAAAUAGAGCUAAUCUGCUACUUCCUGCCCUUUAAUCUAAACAGUCAGUCACCAGGAGUCAGACAGCAGACUGUCAGUCUGUUAAAGAAGCUCUUGUGUAGGGUGAAGGACAGAGCUCAGCUGCUGCAAAAGAGACUGGACCAACAUGACGACCACAAAGACCAGCAAGUCCUCAACAUGUACCAGAGACCUCUGCUGGCCUCCAGAAAAUCCUGCAGGAGAUUCAACCUCGUGACACAAAUGACUUUUUCACUAGUGCCAGAGAGCUGGACCCCAGUGAGAGCGGCCGUGACAGCAAGCAGAAAGAAGAACACAGUUCAUAAACCACAAUCCUGUAACAGCGGUGGUGGUGAUGGAGAGGCCUAUCGAGUCACCGCUCAGAUGGUGCUGGUGUGUUGCUGGAGGACCAUGAAAGAGGUGUCCAUGUUGCUGGGUCAUCUGUGUCAGAGCAUGCCACUGCGCUGUCCUCUCACGCACCCUGACGGCAGAGGAGUCGUCACAGAGGACCAGGUGGAAGGUGUGGGGAAGUACUUUCGGGAGCAGCUGCUACAGUCUCGUCACAGGGGGGCGUUUGAACUGGCCUACGUGGGUUUUGUUCAGCUCACUGAGAUGCUCUGCAGGAGUGGGAGUGCUGCACUAUAGCAGCUGCCAGCACAAUGGCUGAAGGAGGUUCUUGAGGAAGUGAAAGCCAGUGACCCCUCCUCUAAACUGUGUGCGACCCGCCGCAGUGCAGGAAUACCCUUCUAUAUACAGGCCCUGCUGUCCUCUGAGCCCAAAUCAUCCAGCUGUGGACUCCUGAAGAUGACCAUGAGAUCUCUGACAGCAUUGGCCAUGCCCUCUAAUGAUGGAGAUACUGAGAGCAGCUCUGUGCCACAGGUCCACGCUCUGAACAUCCUGAGGGCUUUGUAUUGAGACACACGUCUGGGGGAGAACAUUGUGCCGUUUGUGUCAGAGGGCAUGCAAGGUGCUAUCCUGGGUUUCACUUCUCCUGUGUGGGCCGUGAGAAACUCCUCGACUCUCCUGUUCAGCACUCUUAUUACAUGGAUAUUCGGGGUGAAGAAAGGAAAAGAUGAGCACUCCAAAAAUAACAGGAUGACUGGCCGAGAGUUUUUCACUCGUUUUCCUGCCCUCUAUCCCUUCCUCCUCCGUCAGCUACAGGAAGCUCCAGCCUCUGUGAACAGUGAUUCAGGGCAGGUGAAGCUGCACCCCAGUCUUUUCUUGUUGUUGUUGGUUUUGGGUCGUCUCUACCCAUCUCCCAUGGAUGGUUCAUCAUCAGAACACGGUGUUCCUCCAGCUGGGGAGAAAUAGAUCUAUUCAGAUGAAAGAAACAAUAGCAGGAUGGUGUUUGUCUUGGAUCAAAAUAAGGAGAAGUCUUGCUCCCACUGCUGCUUCUGAUAACACAGCUCCUGACUUUGCAUGCUACACGCAUGACUGACAUUAUUUGAAAUCUCAUUGUAUGUUGAAUACAUUCUGCAAUUUCAUCAGUUUUCAGGUAAAGCAAUAAAAUAACAUGUAGGCUCUGUUGCAAAACCUCGUGAGCUGCCUUCAUAGGCACAUUCUCAAACAUAAAUGCAAACAUAAAAAGUAGGCCCACACAAUCUAAUAAUGACAAAAAAAUGCAAGAUAAAAAGCCACUGCUUUACUGAAAGGCAAAAAAGUGCAAAUGUUUGCCUUUUUCAGGCCUCUUUUUGCAUUUAUGAUUGUCUGGAUUUUUUUUUUCAGACUACACACCUCAUGUCAGACUUUUUUGAAGGUACAGUGAGUCUUUGGUUACUUUUCUAAAAAGUAGGCAGCUUGUGUCUUUCAUUUUCCUUCCAAGAUGGCCGACGAGUCAAAAAGAUUGUCGUUUAUAAAUG